UGACCACCAGGGUCCUGCCCCGGCUGGGAGGGCUCACAGCAGAGGUUGCCACCGGGUCCGCCACUGGAUGCUUCCUCACAUCGGGAAGGCUCCUCCCGCACCUAGGCGCCUAGGACCGGGCCGGGCUGUGCCGGAUCGGAUAGGUUUGCUCCCUCAUGCCGGAGGCAGCUGCCCGUUUCCACACGCUUGGGCGGCACAACCUGCUCUUCCCGCCCCGGGAAACGUCGCGCCCGUACCCCAGAGGCUCCGCGGUGCCCAGAGGAGCCCCUCCGCGCCAGACGGAGGAAUGCUGAGCCUCGUCAGGCGCCGUCCAACGCGACCGCCGGCGCCUGCGCGGAUGCUGCUGCCGACGCCGCGCUGCCUGCCCGGUAAUGGCGCACCGCGCGGGCGGGCGGGCUCUCUCCCUGCUGCGGGGCCGCCUGUGCCUUCCCGGCCCGGCGGGGAGCGGUGGCUGCGGGCAGCCCCCCGAGCAGGCCCGCCUCGGCUCCUCCGGCGCCGCCGUGCAGAGGUCACCGCAGGCAGCCGGCGCUGAGGAGGCGGGUGAAGAUGCUGAAGUCAGUACCAGAAAGAAGACAUUCACUGAGGUUCAAACAGAACGAUCAGAGCAAGCAGAAAGGACUGUUUUAAUUAAGUGCCCACCAAAACUUAAUGAAAAAAAGUUACUGCAGUAUUUAUCCACUCAUGGAAACAUUAAGAGUCAUUUUUUUUUUGAAAAUCGUGGAAUCCAUGCUUUAAUAGAAUUUUCAGAAAAGAACAGCAUAGCCUCAUUGCAGGAUGCAAUUGAAAUCCCAAGUGCUGCAGAGCAUCAUGUUGUCCCAUUUAAAUCCAGACUUUUUACAUUCACGCUGAAAAACCCAGUGCGUCAAGCUGCUGAGGAGACACCACUUCACCUCUCUCCUCAGUCUCACAUUCCAGUGAAAGAGCUCAUUCAUAAGCUUUGUCUUGCAGACAGUGUAAGCAGUCAGAUGUAUAUUCUCCUGAAUGAGUAUCAACUUACAGAGGAAAAUAUCAGGCUCCGAUUCCUGGCCUGUUCCCUGGUUCGGGAUUUCGCCCGUGCGUAUUUUCCAGACAGCACAGUAAAGCCAUUUGGCUCUUCAGUCAACACCUUUGGCAAAUUGGGAUGUGAUGUGGACAUGUUUCUGGACUUCAGGGUUACAGAAAAACAUGCUACAGCAAUGAAAAAAGGUCCCUUUGAAAUGGAGUAUCAAAUGAAAAAAUUACCAAGUGAAAGAUUAGCAACUCAGAAAAUUCUUUCUGUGAUUGGUGACUGCCUUGAUAAUUUUGGUCCUGGAUGCACGGGAGUACAGAAGAUACUCAAUGCUCGUUGCCCACUGGUGAAGUUUUCCCAUCAACCAACAGGAUUCCAGUGUGAUCUGUCAGUGAGCAACAGCAUUGCUAUAAAAAGUUCAGAACUCUUGUAUAUCUAUGGCUCUCUGGAUCCCCGUGUGAGAGCACUGGUGUUCAGUGUACGGUGUUGGGCCCGUGUUCAUGGACUUACAAACAGUGUUCCUGGUACCUGGAUUACAAACUUCUCUCUGACCAUGAUGGUCAUGUUUUUUCUGCAAAAGAGAUCACCACCUAUCAUUCCAACACUAGACCAACUGAAAGAACUGGCAGAUCAAAAAGACAAGCUUGUAAUUGGAGGCCGUGAUUGCUCAUUUGUUAGUGAUUUAAGGAAGAUUAAACUUACAAAAAACACAGAAACAGUUGAUGUAUUGUUGGGUGAAUUUUUUGAAUAUUUUGGAAACUUCGAUUUCAGAAAGAAUUCAAUAAAUCUCCGAAAGGGAAAGGAAGUAAAUAAACCUGAGUCGUCUCCUCUUUAUAUCUGGAAUCCCUUUGAACAAGACCUUAAUAUCAGCAAGAAUGUUAAUCAGCCACAGCUGGAGAAAUUUGUAGCUAUGGCCAGAGAAAGUGCCUGGAUUUUACAGAAGGAAGAUAAAGCUCAGCGAAUGAUCAAUAAAGAGCCCUGGGGACUGGCAGCCCUACUGAUACCAUUUGGAAAAAGUAACCCCAGCAAGAUGAAGAACAGGGUGAAAGGAAUAGGAAGUGAAACAAUCAGAAGCCUUUUGGACUCCUUAAAAUUAAAUAAUGCAAGCAGUAUACAAAAAGCAGUGGGAAAGUGACUUUCAGCACACAAACACAGUAGCUGAUACUCUGUUGUAGGAAUUGGAUGUGACACACAGUCUGAAGAACUUUACUUUUAAUAUUUCUAUUAUGGUGAAAUGGAGAAUCAAAUUACCUCUGUUUUUCAUUGUGAUGCUCUUUGUACAGUUCUCCUUUCUUCCUGUACAUUUUUCUCCUUCUAAUUCUUCAGUUUUCCAUCUGUCUGAUGAAAGAAGAGCAUUCAAAUGCAAGUUGUACAGAUACAUUUUGGAAGUAGCAUUCAACUGGGCACUCAAAAAAAAGAAGGCUGACAGGAGCUCCAUAGGAAAAAGCCUUUGGGAAUUCUUUUGGCUAACAUAUAAAGGAUACACUAAGUAAAAGCUCAAGAAACAACCACCUUUCAGUGAAACCACAGUUUAAAAGAUGAUGAAUGUUACAACCAUUGCUUCCAUUCCAGUCGUGUUCUGGAAGCCAGUAAAACCGAAGUACAUGUAUCUGUUUUUGCAGUUGUUUUCCAUUCAUGUAGACAGUGCCAAGACAAAAUAAAGAUAAUGGAAUUAGA